AUGUGUCAAGAAGCUGUAAAAACAUCAAAUUGGAUUAUUGUUGAUGAUUGGGAAAGCACCCAAAAAGAAUACGUACGCACAUACAAUGUAUUAGCCCAUGAAAGAGAGGUGUAUGGGAAUGAUUAUGACAUUUACUUUAUUGGAGCAGAUGAUUUAAUUCCAAAUAUGAUGAACAAAAAUUGUUGGGACCAAGUCUUAUUAGAAAAAAUCGUUAAUGAAUUCGGUAUUGUUUUCUUUAAACGAAUAAAUCCUAAUUGCUCUGAACAAAUCAAAAGUUAUCCAUUAUUUGCUCGUCAUUUAAAUCAUAUUUUUAUAAUACAAUCAUUUCAAUCUCAACAUAGUUCAACAUUAGUUCGUCAACUAGUAAAAUCAGGAAUGAGUAUUAAGUAUUUAGUACCUGAUAGUGUUAUUAAUUAUAUUACAGAACAUCAACUUUAUCUUGAAUAA